GGUAGCUUCUAAUGGGAGUGCGGGACAUAAAACGUCCAUAAAUCUAUCAACAGUUUUUUUUUGUGUUGCCGAUGGAUUCCGAAAAAAAAGGUCCUCGGGUUUGCAAUUUAUUGCUUUGAACGUUCAAGAAAAACUUGGCUAAAAGUGGCACAGAAAAGAUACGUGAGAGACGAAGAAAAUACGCUGUUUACUCAGACAGGGCGAAGGGAAGAACCAUUAAACCGUCCAAGGCAGCAAGAAGCUGCCAGUCAGGCAGACACAGACCGACCGACAGACGGACAGAAGGGGAGACGAUGAUGAGAACUUUAGUGAGUCGUGUCUUACUACUUCUACUUACGUGCACCUUCACGAAAGAAACCCCUGUUGCCGUUUAUGUCUUGGUGGGUAGAGACCAAAUUGUCCUCAAUGGAUCAGAUAUUGCCCCAGAAGGCACCGUUGUCUGGGAAUGGACCCAAGACUGGGGGCAAAACAUCACCAAAGCGUUGGCUGAAAUGACAGCACAUCAAAAUCACUGGAGAGUAAAAUGGUUACAGGAGGAUACGGCAAAGGAAUGGCGUCAGAUAAAUAAGUCGCUGGGUCUGACCAUGGAAAAUCCCGAAUUUGAGACCUCGGGAUUAUUUACCUGCAGACAGACGGAGCCUCAGAACAGAACACUGAGUCAAUACCAAGUAUUUACCGUCAAAGUUGACCAAAAGGAGAGGUGUCAAUCAAUGGACGCUGAGGUCACCCUCAGCUGUAGCAUCUCCAGACUCCCAGAUGGUGUCAGGCUUCAGUGGAAACACAGAGAAUCUGCACAGAACAGCAGCAGCAACGACACUGAUCAGCUCCAGAUCAACAACAUGCUCUAUCUGAUGAUUAAAGCCAAUGACAGUGAUCAAUACACAUGUGCAGUGCAGGAUGGUGAAGAGAUAGUGCUCACAUCUGAUACCAAACAAUAUAUCAGGCUAAAUGGAUCUGUUGAGGGAUGCACACAUUACUGGCCUGUCACUGAUCAGCAUGCAAUGGUCCUGGGCUGUGAAAGUAGCUCCAGGGGCCGUUUUUCCACCUGGCAUUGGACACCGCAAAGCGCUCCAAAUGGAUACGAGGAAAUAGCGUCCUGCCCCGAAGAAGGACAAACAAAGCCACCCAUUCCGGGGUUUCAAGAUCGGAUCCUUGUGACCUGUGAUAACAGCACCAGCUUUACUCUGCAGAUUUCGCCUGUACACUUUCGAGACGCCGGACUUUACACAUGCGAUGUGAACAGUGUCACAGAGUCCUCUGUUAGGCUGGCAACCAUCAAAGUGACGGUGAAUCCGUCUCCCACUCUCUCCGCGGGAGAGAGCGCACAGCUGACGUGUGCUGUAUCCGGUGUCACUGGAGGAGCCAGGCCGGUGUGGAUGGACCGCGUUNAAAAUAAUAUAUUGGAGGGGAAAUUGUUGAAUGGGUCACGUGAAGGAGAUGUCAGUGUGUCCUUGCUGGUCAAGAACAUCGGGGAAUACAACAGGGAUUGGGCCUGCGUAUUGUUGAAUGGAACCAUACCUCUGGCUGUUAUCCGUUAUCGCUUUCAGAUUGAAGAAAAUGUCACACCCGGUAUAAUUUUUCUUUCCUUGGGUCUCGUUCAUAUUUUCUGCACCAUAUUGACAAUCAUGUGCUACGUGCAGAAGGUCAACACAUCAGAUCGUGGAGAUCAAAGUGGACUUCACUUCAACGACAUAGCACUGGAGUCAACCACUGGAGUUCAAGAGCAUCGGAGGAAUUUGAGCUGUCAGGAACCUAACCAAAUGUAAUCAAGUGAAAAUAACCCAGAGAAGCCAUGUCGAUCAAAGGGAUGAGGUUUAUACCAAGAAGAUGCUCUUUCCCCCAAAAUGAAGAUGUUGUCAUUUAUCGAUUUCUAUCUUGCAAGAUAGAAAAUAAACGCUUUAAUCCAGGGUUGGGGAAAAAAAUAUGCUUGUUCAAAGGUAAAAUAACAGCAUGAAAUAAACAUAAUGCUUACAAUUAGA